AUGGCAGGCUUGAAAUUCUGUGCCAAUCUCAGCUUUAUGUUCCAAGAGAGCACUUCUCUGCUCGAAAGGUACGCUUUGGCCGCGAAAGCCGGUUUCAAAUGGGUCGAGUGCGCCUUUCCCUAUGACCAUCCCCUUGAGGAGGUGGUAGCAGCCAAAGAGGCGGCCGGCGUUCAACAGGCAUUGAUCAACAUUCACGUCGGCGAUGUGACAAAGGGUGAACUGGGCACAGCGGCCGAGCCUGGUCGCGAGGAGGACUUUAAGAAAAGUUUGCAGCUGGCCGUCGAUUAUGCUAAGGCGCUCAAAUGCAACAGGAUCCACAUCAUGUCUGGAAAGGUGGAGAAACCCACGGCCGAGAACUGGACCACUUACGAGCAGAAUAUUAGAUUCGCCACUUCCCUCUUGGCCCAAAAUGAAAUAGUUGCGCUCAUCGAACCGAUCAACAACAGGAGUGUGCCUCAAUACUUCAUGAACAAUUACGACAAAGCACUGCACCUGGUUAAGUCCGUCAACUCACCGAAUUUGAAAAUAAUGAUGGACAUUUUCCACCUUCAGCAGCUCAAAGGCAACUUGGCUCACAAUAUCAAAGAACUUCUACCUUUUGUUGGGCAUAUUCAAAUCGCGCAAGUGCCAGAUAGACAUGAGCCAGACUCUGAUGGGGAAAUCAACUACCAGUAUGUGCUGCAGCAGUUGGAGAAAAACGAAUACGACAAGUGGAUUGGCCUGGAAUACAAACCAAAAUCAGACACCCUGCACGGAUUGAAGUGGGUGAAUGACUUUGGCUACAGUCUGUGAUUUAAAGCGGCAAUAAAAUUAUUAAUUUCCUA